UGCGUCUUUUAUUGGAAUUUGUUGAUAUUUUCUUUUCUCCAAUAAUUUCCUUCUUAUCAAAGAGCAUAUAAUCACGUUAUUCCUUAAAUUAAGAUGAUGCUAUUGAUACGUCAUGUAUAAAGUUUAGGGCUCAAGUACUAAGAAAGCUUUUCUCCGUAAAAGAUACAAUGAGCAGAAACAUGGAGCAUCCUCUUUCCCUCAAACUAAGUUCUUUGAGCGCCAUAUCUCAAUGCAAACUAGAACGGAUACUGUCGCUAUGUGGUGAUAAAAAGGACUUAAUUAUUGAUCCAGUACUAAUCAAGCCUUUGGAAAGAAUUUGUGGCGUCAGCUGGCUACGGCAGCAUGGAAUUGAAAAAAUCUACAAAAUGGACCCGCAGUUGGGUCCUACAGCCAAUACAAACCGUGUAUACUUCAUCCCAUCCUGCAUCCAGAAAUACAAGUGUGUCCUUGACCAGAUAUCUUCUGUACUCAGCCAUAACUCCUCCCUAGCCGACCAGAACUGCUUUCACAUUAUAAUAGUACCAAAAGUUGUAUGUUCUUAUGAUUCUCUACUAGAGAGUAGAGGCCUAUAUGGUGUAGUGAAACUACAUCCCUUUACUUGGGAACUAAUGGCCUUAGAUGAACAGCUACUAAGCUUAGAACUGCCUUUUUUAUUCAAGCAGUUAUUUGUUGAGCAAAAUCAUUCCUUAUUGUCAAGCAUUUCUAUGUCUUUGUGGAGUUUAUUCCAUGUCAUAGGCCGGCCUAAAGCUAUUUUUUCUGUUGGGAAGUUAUCAGCAAGUGUUUUAGAUAUGCUUGAGGUUUACAAUGAAACAUAUGUGAGGGAUUUCUUGACAGAAGAAAGUUCAAAUGAAAUUGGUGCAUUGAUAGUUAUUGAUAGAAGUCAGGAUUAUGCUUCCAGUCUUCUCACUCCUGCUACUUACAGUGGAUUAUUGAGUGAAAUAUUUAAAAUUACUUGUGGACAUUUAGAGCUAAAUGUCAAAGACACUAAGAUAAAGAAAGGAAAGCUGAAUUUUGACUUUGAAGAAGAUAAAACGGUAGCAAAAACUACAAUGAUGACCUUAGAUAGUUCAAUAGACUGCCUAUAUGGAGAGAUAAAACACAGACAUUUCUCAGAAGUGCUAAGUGUUCUUAGUUCAAAAGCCAAACUGCUGAAAAAUGAAGAUAUUAAAGCAUUGGGAAUACAAGAAAUUAAGCAUUUUGUAGCCACAAAAUUACAACAAGUCACACUUUUCAAGCAAAGUCUAGUCAACCAUGUAUUAGCCUGUGAAACCAUCAUUUCAGAAAUGAGCAAUAAGUUUGAGAACCUUAAACUGACCGAGACAGAUAUGCUGAAUAACAAGAAUAAAAAAUCAAACUUUACAUUUGUUGAUGAGAACUUUGGCACUGAUAUACACAUCUACAACAGCUUAAGGCUUAUGUGUUUACUAAGUUUAACACAAGGACUGUCAUAUGAUGAAUAUAAUUCACUAGAAAACAAGUACUUAUUAGCUUUUGGAUAUAAUUUCUUGUAUGUAUUUAACAAUUUGAUAAAUGCUGGAUUGCUGAUUCAACCUUCAACAUUAAAGUUGUCUCUUAACAUUUCAAAUCUCGGAAACUUAAGUGACAGAUUACCAAAAUGGCAGAACAGUUUCCAAACUACAGCUAACAAACUUAAAAUGCUGCCUCCUGAAGACUCCAGUAAAUCAUCUCCAGGCUAUGUUUUUAACGGAGGCUACAUACCCUUAAUUGCAACACUUUGCAAUACUGUCUUGACUGCAGAUUCCUUACUAGAUGUUUUGACUAAGCUAUCUGCCUUACCUGAUUUUAAAGUUGGUGGAAAAAUAGUUGAGAGUUUCAAAGUUGGUAUCGAAACUUUUGAUGAAAAAAUAGACAACUUAAAACCCCAUAGUGACCUUGAUUUCGGUUGCAAAGAUGCGAAAAACUUAGUUAAAUUACUUAAAAAUGACACCAGGGUCGGUGGGUUUCCGCUCAAGCCUAAAAGUGUGUUAGUAUAUGUUGUUGGGGGUGUGAAUUAUGCUGAGAUAGCAGCAUGCGAUGUCGUACAAACUGCGACAGGCAGCAAGAUAUAUGUGGCGAGCGACUGCAUAGCUAAUGGGGGUGAUCUUAUGGCUGCUAACACUUGAGGUAACUGUAUAAAGGGGCUUAAGUAUUUCACGGCUUAUUUAGAUAGAUAGUGAGGUUUUAGCUUUGUUUUAUAAUAGAAGCAGAAAUAUAUGUAUAGUUUCAGACAUUAUGGAAUCCGUAAAACGUUUGCUGAAUAUAUUGCGUCCAAUAGAAUCACCUGGGUAAAUAAUAUAUGCUAAUUUUAAGUAAAACAUAAGUAUUAUGUGUAAAAAAGUUAUUUAUUUUUGCUAUAUUUGGUGUUCUAUGUAAAAGAAAAACAUACCUAAUAAGCUAUAUUAUAAGAUUAUAAAGGCCAUACAUAUGUAAGAAAGGGUUUUUUUAAACA